AUGUCCUCCAAAUCCAACUCCAAGCCCAAAUCCAUCCUCAUCACGGGCGGAGCAAGCGGCAUAGGGCUUGCCAUAACCCGGUACUUUGCCGGUCAGCCGGAGGGACAUUCGAUCGCGAUCCUCGACGUCAACGCGGCGACGGGGGAGGCGGUUGCGGCUGCGCUUGCGGCCGAGUUCCCCCGCCGGACAACCAUUUCGUUUCAUGCGUGUGACGUCUCUUCAUGGGACGAGCAGGCGCGUGUGUUUGAGCGCGUCUAUCGUGAGCAUGGGAACGCCCUGGACGUGGUUGUGGCCAAUGCAGGCGUCUCGGAGCAAGGGGCUACUACCCUGGUGAAGCUGCAGUCCGAGUCUGGUGCUGGGAGUGGGGAGCGUGGGGAGGAGGGUCCGAGGAAGCCGAGUGUCAAGACGGUGGAGGUGAAUUUGUUGGGGGUGGUUUAUUCGGUCAACCUGGCGGUGCAUUACAUGGAUAAGAAACCCCACGUUCAAGACGGGACGUCGAGGGGCUCGAUCAUAUGCACCGCUUCCAACGCUGGUCUGUACCCGUUCCCCAUCGCGCCGCUGUAUGCGGCCUCCAAGUUUGGCGUGAUUGGGCUGGUGUGGUCCACGGCGAAGGUGAUUGAGAGGGCGGGAAUCCAGAUCAAUGCUCUGGCGCCUGCAGUUCUGGACACAAACAUCGCGCCGGACAAGGAUCUCUUCAAGCACAUGAUUGUCACGCCCAUGGAAACCUUGAUACGCGGCGUAGACCAGUUCCUCGCUGACCCGACCGUGUCUGGGGCGGUGGCAGAGGUUCAUGGAGAUAAGGUGACGAUUCGACCGCCACACGAAUUUGUGGACGAGGAUAGCAGACGGAACAUUGAGACGUUUUGGAAGUUGGGAUACGCAUGA